CCAAGCCAUGGUCUUCUUAUAGGAGUGCAGUAACAAGAAAAUGCAUCACCAUCAAAAUCUAGGAGACGCAGCUGCCAUGCCGGGCAUGCUUCCGCCAUAUGAAGCAAUGGCGAUGUACGAGCAACCCAAGCCCCGCUUCAUCUUCAAAAUGCCCCGAGUUGUGCCCGAUCAGAAAUCAAAGUACGAUAGCGAUGAGCUGUUCCGGCGUCUUUGUCGAGAGACCGAGGUUCGCUAUACUGGAUACAGGGAGCGUGCCAUAGACGAGCGCCGCAUGAGAUUUGUCAACGACUGCCGGAAGGGCUAUGCGGAGCUCUCCUUUGUCACAUCGGGCACCAACGUCCAGCUCUACUUCAAUGCCAACCACAAUCCCUAUGCCCAGGACCAGGAGUGCGACUUUGAGCGGGAGCGCGGAAAAGUGCAUCUCCGCUCUCAUUUCAUUAUGAACGGAGUUUGUGUGCGCUUCCGCGGCUGGGUGGAUCUGGAUCGAUUGGACGGCGUCGCCACACUGGAGUUUGACGAGGGGCGCGCCCUGCAGGAAGAUGUCCAGCUGCGGGAACAGAUCGAGAGCUACAACCAACGCAUGAACGAAUCGAAGCGCAUCUAUCCCGUACCUCACACGCCUCCCGAGGACCACAUUCGGCGUGGCGGACCCGGGAUGCCGGGUGGACCGAUGGGAUGGUAGGGAUGCUAGGGGUUUGAUUUCGAAAUGCAAUAUAGCACAAUCGUUGGAUGACCGAUUUGUAAAAUCACCUUCAUUACCAGUAGAUUAAGUAAAAAUUUAAGUACCU